AUGUCUUCAACGCUGGUUACCGAAACAACAUCCUCCACCAUAUCAACAUCAACAAGGCCGCCACCACCCCUCCGUUCCCAACGCUCCACGCACUUUUCCCAGCAGCUGCCGCGCACCCUGCGAAAGUCGUCCAGCUUCACCAACGGCGGUCUCUACGGCUCUUCCCACCACGCUGCAUCGACGCCCAACCUCAACUCGCUCUACACCUCGCACUCGUCACGCCUGGCGCCCCCCUUACCCACGAGCUCCUCCCUCUUGGCGCGCAAGGGCUCCCUGGCCGCCCUGACGCCAUCGUCCCUCGCCUCCAUCCCCGAUGCCAGCGAGAGCUACGGCCUCAACACCGUGCUGAGCGAUCCGCCCGACGGAAAGAGAAUGACGCCCACGACGCCUGGCCGGACGCCACGCGCCGCGAGCGCCCUCGUUGGCGGCGAUGACUUUGUCGUCGGCGAUCUUGUUGACGUCCCUGGCAACAUGUACGGCACCGUUCGCUUCAUCGGGCCUGUGCAGGGAAAGAAGGGCACCUUUGCCGGUGUCGAGCUGCAGUCCGACUUUGCGUCCCGCGGCAAGAACUCUGGCGAUGUUGAUGGCGUGUCCUACUUCACCACGAGCGUCCCCGGCGCCGGCAUCUUUCUGCCCUUAAUCAAGGCCUCUCUGCGACCCACGUCCCCUGAUUCCGCGACGAGCUUCCCAUUCACCCCGACGGCAAGCGUUCACGGCGGCGGUCUCAAGAUGGGCAACCAAAACUCGACGAACCACACACCUCCGACGCCCUCGGUGCCCAAGUUCAGCCAGUCCGUCGGCCCAGGAAGGGCACCCAGUCCCCAGAUGAAGCGCCCUCGACCUUCGCUACCCCGCCCCGAGUCGCCUGUCCGACGACUCAUGACGCCCGGCCCUAGGCCCUCCAUCGGCGGCGUCACCCCUGGCGUCAAGCCUCCCUCGAGAUAUGGCAGCCCGACGCCCAACCGGUUCGCCCAGAGCGUGCGAGGCACAUCAGGUGAUCCCAGGAAGGGGGUGCCGCGACUGGAGAGGAAGCCUAGCGUGGGACCUCGCAGCGCGUCUGCCCUCGGCCAGUCGAUGGAGUUUCCCGAGGACGACAUCACGCCCAUGGCCAUGGGUCGCCCCAAGACCAACGGCAGUGUUGGUUCUGUUUCCUCGUUCAACUCCAAGUUCCGACCCGCGUCACGGACGGGCAACACUGAUGAUCAAGAGGCCGAGCGACUACGCCACCAGCUCGAGGAGCGCGAUCGCCAGCUCCGCGAGCAGGCCGCGACGUUGGCCGACAUGGAGAGCAGCCUCACGGAGCUCCAGACGCUUAUGGAGAACCCUGACGCCCUGCGGCCGCGACGCAACAGCCUGGACGAUAAGGACUCGACGCAGCUCCGCGCCAUCCUGCGGGAGAAGAACGAAAAGAUCGCCAUGCUCACGGCUGAAUUCGAUGCGCACCGAGCCGAUUUCCGCAGCACCAUCGACACGCUCGAGAUGGCUAGUACCGAGACCGAGAGGGUGUACGAGAAGCGCAUCGAGGAGCUGAUGCAGGAGAUUCGGGAUCACGAGUCACGAACCGAUGAUGUUGACUCGGUUGCCCAGCAGCUGAAACAGCUGGAGGAACUCGUCCAAGAGCUCGAGGAAGGCUUGGAGGAUGCCCGACGCGGAGAAGCUGAGGCGAGGGGCGAGGUCGAGUUCCUGCGGGGAGAAGUCGAGCGGACGCGUAGUGAACUCCGUCGUGAGCGUGAGAAGCCCAGCACAGGCCACAGUGCGCCCGCACAAGACGCAACAGCCAGUUCCAAGGAGCUCGAGCAGAAGGAGGAUGAGAUUCGCGGCCUCAAGGCAAUUAUCCACUCGCUCAGCAGAGACUCGAUCCCCAACGCGGAAGCGCUUGAACACCAGCACCCCCCGCGCGUGAGCUCUUUCAACAACAAGAUGCACUCGUAUCCUGCCACGGCCGGCGAGUCGGUGGACUCUCGAGCGGCGCGCGAGAAGAUGGAAAAGGAGAUGACGGACCUUCGCGCUAUGCUCGAUGACAAGAACAUGCGCGAGGAAGAGCUCGAGCGCGAGGUGGAGCAGCUCCGGGGGCCCUCCAAGCUCAAUCCCGCCCCGACACAGAGGUCGUCGUUCCGCGACUCCCGUGACACUGUCGUCCUAGCGCGCCAUCGCGAGUCGCGGUCUCCUGAGCUGCACAAGCGACCACCCGGCUUCGACAGCGACGCGUACUCGACGGCCACCGAGACUAGCACUCUCUGGUGCGAAAUCUGCGAGACGGCGGGCCAUGACGUCCUCACGUGCACCGAGAUGUUUGGCGAUCAUGCGAAGCACAAUGGUGCGGCAGCGGCGGCAGCGAGCUCGGAGGGCGGCCUUCAGCCAUACCACAACCGUGGCACCUCGCACGACAUGAACAAGCCUGCGCCUCUCGCACCUCUCUCCCCCUCCAAGAGCAAGACGCCGACGGCCACGCCCAGCACCCAGAUCCUGCCCAACCCGCUCGAUUCGGGCCCGGUAGCGGGCAAAUCGAGCGGCGUCGUGGACGAGGCCAAGUGGUGCGCGCUGUGCGAGCGUGACGGCCAUGACAGCGUCGAUUGCCCGUUUGAGGACGCGUUCUAG